CGAGGCGACGACCACAUUUCAACCGAGUGCGCAGGGUAGCUGAAUAGAGAGAAGCAUACGGGGACUCUAUAUAGAGAGAGAAGCAACCGGUGAGAGAGAGAAACAGGAAAAGAAAAGCUUUCAGUGGAGAGAGACGAAGAAAGAGAAGCUUUGUGCCGAGGGAGAGGAGCCAUGGCUUUGAGAGCCGCUCGUGCGAUUGCUCCCUUGACAAGGCUCUCACUGAUCCGCAGUCACCACAGCACACAGAGACGGCUAAUUGGAGCACUUGGUGAGGGCGUAGAAGAAGCUGCGUCCAUGUUUGAUUCUAAACCAAACUUCAUCCAUCCAACUUCUCUUGUGCACCCUAAUGCAGUAAUUGGACAGGGGGUAUCAGUGGGUCCUUUCUGUACUAUUGGUUCGGCCACAAAAGUUGGAGAUUUCUGUCAACUACAUCCAGCAAGCCAUAUUUUUGGGAAUACAGAAUUAGGAGACGGUUGCAUUGUGUUAACUGGCGCUAUUGUUGGUGCAGAGCUGCCAGGUCGUACUGUCAUUGGAUGCAAUAACAUCAUUGGGCAUCAUGCUGUGAUUGGUGUAAAGUGUCAAGAUAUGAAAUACAAGGACGGGGAUGACUGUUUCCUCUAUAUUGGCAACAAUAAUGAUGUCCGAGAGUAUUCUUCUAUCCAUCGGUCUUCAAAAUCGAGUGACAAAACAGUUAUUGGUGACAACAAUCUCAUCAUGGGGUCCUGUCAUAUUGCUCACGAUUGCAAAGUGGGUAACAACAAUAUUUUUGCGAACAGUACCCUUGUGGCAGGGCAUGUGGAAGUAGAAGACCAUAUACAUACUGGAGGGGCAGUUGUGGUUCAUCAAUUCUGCCACCUAGGAUCACAUUCAUUUGUUGGUGGGGGUUCUGUGGUGGCUCAAGAUGUCCCAAGAUAUAUGUUGGUUGCUGGCAACCGAGCAGAGCUUCGUGGUUUGAAUUUGGAGGGACUCCGGCGACAUGGAUUCACCGGACUGGAGAUCGAAUGCUUGAGGAGGGCUUACCGAAAGAUAUUCAUGCCCACUGAUGCAAACUCAUGUAGCAUCAUUGAUCGGCUUGACAAAGUGCAAGAUAAUGAAGAAUUGGCUCAUGUGGCAGUUGUGAGUUCAAUGGUACAAUCGAUCCGUGAUUGUUUUGGACAAAGUCGUCGUGGAAUUUGCAGAAAUGGGUUCGCCAAGGAAGCAUAAUUGCGCAAUGUGAAUUAUCUGUUGUAUGUGGUGUGGGAGGUCUGGCCUCAUCCAUGAUCUGAGCCAUUCAGAUUGGUUUUACUUGGAAGCAGCUGGCAUGUGAUAGCAGAUACAUGGCUCCUGUGGGAUAAUGUAUUUGUGAUGUAUAGUUUCUUGUUGCGGCUAU